CCCAGAUUUUUCCCGUUGUCAUUCCCAGAUUUUUCCUGUCAUUCCCAGGUUACAUCGGGGUGGUGAACCGGAGCCAGAAGGACAUCGACGGCCGCAAGGACAUCCCCAUUAUUCCCAUUGUUACUCCCAUUGUUACUCCCAUUGUUACUCCCAUUGUUACUCCUGUUAUUCCUGUUGUCAUUCCCAGAUUUUUCCCAGGUUAUUCCCAGAUUUUUCCCGUCAUUCCCAUUGUUUUUCCCGUUAUUCCCAGGUUAUAUCGGGGUGGUGAACCGGAGCCAGAAGGACAUCGACGGCCGCAAGGACAUCCCCACCAUCCCCAUUACUCCCAUUGUUACUCCCAUUGUUACUCCUGUUAUUCCCAGGUUAUUCCCAGGUCAUUCCCAGAUUUUUCCUGUCAUUCCCAGGUUACAUCGGGAUUGUUAACCGGAGCCAGAAGGACAUCGACGGCCGCAAGGACACCCCCAUUACUCCCAUUGUUACUCCCAUUAUUGUUACUCCCAUUGUUACUCCCAUUAUUGUUACUCCCAUUGUUACUCCCAUCAUGCCCAGAUUUUUCCCAGGUCAUUCCCAGAUUUUUCCUGUCAUUCCCAGAUUUUUCUGUCAUUCCCAGGAUACAUCGGGGUUGUUAACCGGAGCCAGAAGGACAUCGACGGCCGCAAGGACAUCCCCAUUACUCCCAUUGUUACUCCCAUUGUUACCCCCAUUGUUACUCCCAUCACUCCCAGAUUUUUCCCAUCAUUCCCAGGUUUUUCCCGUUGUCAUUCCCAGAUUUUUCCUGUCAUUCCCAGGUUACAUCGGGGUGGUGAACCGGAGCCAGAAGGACAUCGACGGCCGCAAGGACACCCCCACCAUCCCCAUUACUCCCAUUGUUACUCCCAUUGUUACUCCCAUUGUUACUCCCAUCACUCCCAGAUUUUUCCCAGGUUAUUCCCAGGUCAUUCCCAGAUUUUUCCCAUCAUUCCCAUUGUUUUUCCUGUCAUUCCCAGGUUAUAUCGGGGUGGUGAACCGGAGCCAGAAGGACAUCGACGGCCGCAAGGACACCCCCACCAUCCCCAUUACUCCCAUUGUUACUCCCAUUGUUACUCCCAUUGUUACUCCCAUCACUCCCAGAUUUUUCCCAGGUUAUUCCCAGAUUUUUCCCGUCAUUCCCAGAUUUUUCCCGUUAUUCCCAGGUUACAUCGGGGUUGUGAACCGGAGCCAGAAGGACAUCGACGGCCGCAAGGACACCCCCAUUAUUCCCAUUGUUACUCCCAUUGUUACUCCCAUUGUUACUCCCAUUGUUACUCCCAUUGUUACUCCCAUCGUUACUCCCAUCACUCCCAGAUUUUUCCCAGGUUAUUCCCAGAUUUUUCCCGUCAUUCCCAGAUUUUCCUGUCAUUCCCAGGUUACAUUGGGGUUGUUAACCGGAGCCAGAAGGACAUCGACGGCCGCAAGGACAUCCCCAUUACUCCCAUUGUUACUCCCAUUAUUGUUACUCCCAUUGUUACUCCCAUCAUGCCCAGAUUUUUCCCAGGUCAUUCCCAGAUUUUUCCCGUCAUUCCCAGAUUUUUCCUGUCAUUCCCAGGAUACAUCGGGGUUGUUAACCGGAGCCAGAAGGACAUCGACGGCCGCAAGGACAUCCGCGCCGCUCUGGCCGCCGAGCGCAAAUUCUUCCUUUCGCACCCCUCCUAUCGCCACAUGGCCGAGCGCAUGGGGACCCCUCACCUCCAGCGCGUCCUCAACCAG